UUGUUGACGAAUACUCCUAUAUAGUUGUGUAGUGUAAUAACGGAGGAGGCGACGCGGUGGAAAUGGAUGUUCCCGAAGGAAACGGACAAGUGCACUCCGAUCAUCAUUUGGAUAUUGAAAUUCCGGAUACUGCACAUCAGAUUAGCCACGAUUCGUGGUUUCAAGUGGGAUUUGUUCUCACGACGGGGAUAAACAGUGCCUACGUGCUAGGAUACUCCGGCACCAUCAUGGUUCCGUUGGGUUGGAUAGGCGGCGUGGUUGGACUUAUUCUAGCCACAGUGAUAUCUUUGUAUGCUAAUGCUUUAGUUGCCAACCUUCAUGAAUUCGGAGGAAAGAGGCACAUCAGGUAUAGGGACCUUGCAGGAUUCAUAUAUGGUAAGAAAGCAUAUGCGCUUACAUGGGGACUCCAGUAUGCGAAUCUCUUCAUGAUCAAUGUCGGAUAUAUUAUUUUGGCCGGGAGUGCCCUUAAGGCUGUGUACGUUCUUUUUAGAGACGACAGUGAUAUGAAGCUCCCUUACUUUAUUGCUUUAGCUGGCCUUACUUUAUUGCUUUAG